AUGAAUUCGCUCUUUCUGCUGCUCCCUUUUCUGACACGUGAGUUUUGAGAAAAAAGACGUUCGCGGGCAAUCCCAACACUUUCAGACUUUCACGCCAUUGCUGGGGCCAUCCAUUUCGGGCACAAUGAAGGUGAGAUAUUGUUUCCCAUUCGGCCAAAUCUCUCUGGCAACUUUUAGAAAAUUCGUCAAACUUUUGCUAUCUUUCCUAAAAUUCAAAAGAAGCAAACGUUUUGAUGAUUUUGCUAAAAAGUUUUCAAAGACAGUUAACGGAAUGUCAAGGUGCUCCCCAUCCUUUAUAGUUCCACACAAAUUGUUUUCAUAUUUUUCCAAAUGAUACUCAAAAAGAACCCUAGUUAAGGACUAAUGUAACGAAUUACUGUAGCUGACAGCUCUAGCAUAUUUCAGUCUCAUUUCUUCUUCCAUCUCCCAGUUCCUUGCAGAGCCAGUGGUCCAGUCCACGACUACCAUCCCUCCGAUGCCCACAACUUCGGCCCCUCCACCGCCCCGUUCUUCGCCCAUCUCCUCCCUGAUCACUUCUUCCCACUGCGAUCUGAUCGAGGAAGCGGCGGCCCUUCACUGCAUUGGUCCCUUAGUCGACUACGCCGCCGACCUGGCCAACAACGUGCUCCAUCCGCCGCUGAGUUCGGUGGAGCAGACGUGCGACAAGUACAACCAGUACAUGAUGUGCACGCAGGGAGUCCGUCCCGACUGCAGGUAAUGCUCAUUUCGGUCCUCGUGAGUUGUCGAGUGGCUCACGCGUUCCCGCCGAUUCAAUAACAUGUACACAACUGGCUACUGUGUCCGAAUGCGGUGGCAAACAACGAACACAUUGAGCAGAAUGCGUGCGAACGGAUUACGAAACAUUUUGAAGUUUGCUCUUUGAGCACAAAUCACUGCAACUUAAGAGACUAACCAGGGACCAAGAAUACGAAUGAUUUCAGACAAUCCCGGGCUCCAAACAUUGAGAAUAUGUACGAAACGAUUUGCGAAGAGAAAUUCGCCGCAAUUAUGAAAGAAGAGAAGGCAUGUCUUCUGGAAGUCGAAAAGUAGGUCACUCUCUCUCUCUCUCUCUCUCUCUCUCUCUCUCUCUCUCUCUCUUUCCCUCUGAUUGUCUGCGCCCUCCACGGCGCCUGGCGCCUGUGAUUCCUACUUUCUCACAAUCCAUAACUUCUUUGCAGUGACAAAAACAUCAAGGAAUGUUUUGUGAACAAGACAAACACACUACGAGACGAGACGCCGGACACUGGUGAGUAGAGGCAAUGUGUAUCGCAUUGGAAUCCCGCUGCGACCGUGGCUGAGUGGUCUAGUGGUAUGAUUCUCGCUUAGGGUGCGAGAGGUCCCGGGAUCGAUCCCCGGCUCAGCCCACUUGUAUUUUUGCAUUUUUUCAACUUUUCAGUGACGAAUCCGACGCAAACGUACGAAUGCACGGUUAUUCAAGCCUAUGUGGAUUGCUUGCUUGAAAGGGAAGAGAGCACUUGCAAAGAUGCCGUCAAAAUUGAGAUAUCUUUCCUCUCAAUGUUGGCGAAGAGAAAUCCUGACUCAAAAUGUGAAUUGAAUACGAAUGCAACGAAGGCCAGGCCGAAGUGUAAGAUAAAAGAGAGAAAAGUGACACGGAAGUGACAGAAACGUUUGCAGCGCAGCCACUGGAGGAGUGUGACACUCAAGGAAACUGUAAAUGCAGACUGCCCGGCUACUACUACGAUGCCGCACAGAGAAAGUGUCUAGGUGAGAAUGGCCUUUCCCUUCUCAUUUUCAUAAAUCUCCUUCAGAUGUCAAUGAAUGCGCGUCCCUCUCUUCCGCGUGCUCCCAGAAGUGCACCAACCUCCCGGGAACUUUCAAGUGCUCUUGCGAUGAACAAUACUACAAACUUUCCUCCGACAAUCACACUUGCGAACGAAUUGACACUUGUGAGUGACAUCUUCUCAGAAUCGCUUUACUAUUUUGCAUGUUCAGCGCCUCUCUGGUUGUUCUUCGCUCAUGGACAAAGUGUUUGGAACAUUUCGACGGACGGAAAGUCGUUCCAACUGCAGAGAGCGGGGCUCCAGAAGACGGCGAUGAUAGACAUCGACGUGAAAGAGAGCAGACUGUAUUACGCGGACAUCGGAGCCAAUGUGAUCGAGAGGAUGAACAUCGAGGGCACGUUCCCGCAGGCGGUCCAGAGGUUUGACGUCGAUGGGCUCGAAGGAAUCGCCGUCGAUUGGAUGGGCAGAAACUUGUACAGUUUGAGAAGGUAUUCGAAGUGAUAGGGCCAGAAAGACAUUAAAUGAGGUUAAGAUCGGACAUAUUGGUGCAGAGUCUGAAUGGGCGGUACAGACAGACAGUCUACAAAGACGUUAUGAAAUUGCCGAGAGCCAUCGCUCUUCAUCCCGCCAAAGGAAUGAUGUUCGUCACGGACUGGUCUUCGAAUGCAUUCAUCGCCGCCGCUUCCAUGGACGGUUCCCAUUUCCGAAAGAUUGUAACCGAAAGAAUCACGUGGCCGAACGCAGUUGCCGUCGACAUUUUCGCCGAGAAGAUCUACUGGGCUGAUGCUUUCCUCGACACAAUUGAGUCAGUUUCGAUUGAUUUUUCCUCCACCGAUAAAAUUGAAUUUCAGAACUGCAAACAUGGACGGAAGUGAACGAAGGACCAUUAUUGCGGACGCAGGAUCCGUCCCGCACGUCUUCGGCUUGGCUGUUGCGGACGAUUUCUUGUACUGGACCGACUGGACAUACCGUGGUCUUUUGAGGGCAAACAAACUCAAUGGAGAGAAUAUUACCGUUCUGGCCCAAACUGCACUGCUUCCGUACUCGCUCAAAAUCUUCCAUAAGAGUCUGCAGCCUGACCGUAAGUGAAAAAUGCAAAAGAUUUCGAUACGUGAACUUUCGAACGGUUAUGAAAAACAAACACGUGGCGAAGCCGCUUCCGAGCGUCAGCAGUGUUUUUCCGGUAGGUCUGAGAGGGACGCUUGCUUUUCUAAGAGGACCAUCAAAAUACCAGCUGAAUACCAGGAGUACCCGGAAUACCAAGCAAGCGAAGCAAUAGGCCACGCGGCCACAUUUUUCUUUGCAGAACCGUCGGUAUGUGAUACUCGUGGCUGCGGCCAGUUGUGUUUGUUGGGCGAGAACGGCGCGGCGACAUGUGCGUGUGGAGAGGGUUUCGACCUGCAGACGGACGGAAAGACGUGCUCUUCGAACUGCAGCGACUCGCAAAUCGAGUGCGGAGGCGCGGAUCCAAAGUAAGAACGGGAGGGAUUACGGUAGUCGUUUUGACGUGGCAUUGCAGAUGCAUCUCGAAAGUUUACCUUUGCGACGGACUCGCUCAGUGCUCCGAUCAAGUGGACGAAAGGAACUGUCGUAAGGGAAUGCGGACUGACUCACCGACAAAUUUAACAAUUUACAGCGCCUCGGAUCUGCCUGCCCGGUCAAUUCCAGUGUCACGACAACAAGAAGUGUCUGCCGCCGGGCGGUCUGUGCGACGAAGUAGCCGACUGCGCGGACUCCUCUGACGAAAUGUACUGUUCCCAUCAGACGAAGGACAAGAACGGACAGUUCGUUCUGAACAAUCCGAUUCGGAAGGAACGGAGCGUCAGCGAGAAUUCCAUUUGA